CGUUACGUGAUUAGUCGACUUUGGGAGGUUUAAAUUCGCGAUCCAAGCAUCGAGUCGUUUGAUUACGCCUGAUGUUCGAUGACGGUCAGGAAUUUUGACGUUUCGAGCAGCACGCGAGUCGCGUGUUUUGCUUUUGUUAUCGCUUGCAUGGUGGUGCACCCGCCAACACGUGGACGGCGGCGGAGGCUCGCCGACUUUUAAACGAUGCCGCAGUACCUGCAUGCGAGCAUGUACGCAAUGUAACGUGAAUGCUAUAAUACCAUAACAACAUGAAGUACCUCGGUGUCGCAACUGUCGAAUUCGUAUUUAAUUUUUUAUGUGUUCGUUCAUCAAUGAAAAUACUCACUAAUUGUAAAAUUGUUCAAUCCUAGUUACGUAUCAUUAUUUGAAUCGAUGUGUGUGCCUGUGUGAGAGUUAGAGCGAACUUUGUUAUCCGUAGUUUGCGCAAUAGAGCAUUUUCAUAACCUCGAUGAAAAUUGAAUCAGAGCCAGUAUUAAUUGGUACAGUCAGUAACAACGAAAUAAUGAAUGAAUUUCAUUAUGUUUGUAAGUUAGUUGAACGUCGAGUAAUUGUCUACUUGUUAAGCUAAAUUUGUACGAAAAAAAAUGGGGGUAGAGGACGGCAGCAUGGAUAUCAACCUGGCGAUUCAAGCCCUGGCUAAGUUUGCAAGAUAUACAAAUGCAUGUGCUAACAAAGUACCGUAUGUAAUAGUUGACAGGAAACCCUUUCAAUUUAUCAAAAAAGAACCUCCUGAAAUUGAAAGAGAUCUGCCUGCAGUUGAGAUUGAGUCUGGAAAUGAACGUAAAUUAGAAAAUCAAAAAGUUGAACAAAACAUUCCAGAAGAUAAAUUCAAUGAACAAAAUGCAGAGUAUCAAUGUGAUCUAUUGCCAAAAGAUAAUGUAUUACAAGAGAAAGUAAGGAAUAUUUUUAAAGCUUUUACAGUAAAUUCUCAGAUGGCAAAUCGAUGCAGAUUUUGUGAUAAAGUUUUCGUAUAUGUAGGUAAUAAGAUAAAGCAUGAAAAUGAGAAGCACCCUCACAAUUACAAUAAAAAUGAAAAGCCUCAGUUAUCCGAAUCGUCUACAACAAAGUCAGAAAAAAUAAAUGACAAGAGCCUUAACUUGAUAUUAAAUAGUAAGCCUAAGCUAGAAAAUAAAUGCAGAUUUUGUGAUAGAAUAUUCAAAUAUGUAGGUAGUAAGAUCAAGCAUGAAAAUGAAAAGCAUGUUCGCAAUAAUUACAAAAAUGAAAAUCAUCAGCUAUCAGAAUCAUCUACAAUAAAAUCGGAAAAAGGAAAUGAAAAAAGCCUCAAAUUUAUUGUAAAUGGUGACUUGAUAAUAAACGGUAACUUGAUAUUAAAUGGAGAGCCUCAACUAGAAAAUAAAUGCAGAUUUUGUGAUAAAGUAUUCAAACAUGCAAGUCGUAAGACCAAGCAUGAAAAUGAAAAGCACCUUCAGCACAAUGACAGCAAAAAUCAAAAGCCUCAGCUGUCAGAAUCAUCAACAAAAAAAUCAGAAAAAAUUGAUACAAAAAGUCUUAACUCAAUAUUAAACGAUAAGCCCCAGCUAUCAGAUUCAUCUACAAAAAAAUCAGAAAAAAUAAAUAAAAAAAGCCUUAAAUCGAUAUUAAAUGGUGAGCCUCAGCCAAAAUUGAUCAAACACAAAAAAAAUCAGUCCCUACAAAAUUGCAGAAAAAAAAACGUUGUAUUCAGUUGUGAUCUUUGUCAUAAAACAUUUGACACUCAUAGACUAGUGAGUAAGCACAUCUGGAAUGUGCACAGAGCAAGACGUCAUGUUUGCACAAUUUGUAAAAUGAAAUUCAAGCACCAGUAUCAAUUAGAGAUCCAUUUGAAUACCCAUACAAGAUUAAGAAGUUUUCAGUGUGAUAACUGUAAACAGCAAUUUGCUACAAAAAGUGCUGUAAAAUAUCAUGUGCUGAUGAAAGUCUGUACUAAAAAAGAAGUAACGAACAAACUUAAAAGCAAAGUAACUUGCCAUUUAUGCAAAAAAAUUAUUUCUACAAAAGCAAACUUAAAAAAACAUUUAAUAGUGUGUGAUCCAAAAUAUGAGAAAAACACAGAAAAAUGCGCUAUAUGUGAUAAAAGCUUUAAAACUAAAUCAUACCUCCGAAAACAUUUAGUACAUUCUCACUCGUCACAGAGAGAAUGCAUUUGUCAUCAUUGUAAUAGAAAAUUUACUCGUAAAGAUAAUUUGAAAUUUCAUUUAUAUUCACGUUGUUUGCACAAAUGGAAUGAAGUAUAGUUGUUAUGAUGGUAAAAUUUCUUAAAUUAUUUUAUUCCAGUUAAAUAUUUUUAAGUAGGCCUGUGUAUCUCAAUUAUAGUUGUGAAAAUGUUAAGUGAUAUAUUAUGGACCUAGAAAAGUAAAAAAGAAAAUGUCUCUGAUGAUGAUGAUCUGAGGCCUUGUUAUCUUCAUAGCGUGUAAACUAUUUUUUUAAUGCUUGAAUGGUUGAAAUAUCUCUGAUA